AUGAGCGAGCUCCAGAAGUCCUUUGCAAAGGCUAAAUUGGGAAAGCUUCCCCCGGAAGUACCCAUGUUUCACCCAAUGGAUAUUCCGGAAGAACAUCACGAAGAGGAUGGCUCUUCCGCCUCCUCGGUCUCUUCGACGGGGACUUUAAUGCCCCCCCCCACGAGGAAUCUAUUUGCUCGAAGGAGCAGCGCACAAUCAAUGCAAUCACUGUCUUGGACAGACUUCUUCAGUCAAGAAUUAUUUCUCCCCGAGGAGGCCGAUGGAAUUCAAAUUAUCCACCAUGUGUAUUUGACUCCACCUUCGCAAUCCGGCCCAUUAUUCGUUAUGCAUCACGGCGCAGGUUCGUCAGGCCUCUCAUUUGCAACUUGUGCAGAAGAGCUCCGGAAACUCCUUCCGAAAGCUGGUGUGUUGUCCCUUGAUGCGAGAAGCCAUGGCCGUACCACUAUGACUCCAACAUCAAAGCCUCUCGAUCAUGACAGCCCUUCCACUGGAGCGGCUGCUCGGGCGGAGGCUGAUGGGAAGGUUGGACUCGAUCUCAGUCUAGAUACUCUAAGCCGUGACCUCAUCUUUGUCGUUCGCGAGACCCAGGCCAAGAUGGGCUGGGAGAAUCUCCCAGAUAUUGUGCUCGUCGGUCAUAGUCUCGGUGGCGCAGUCAUUACUGAUGUGGCUAAGAAAGGUGAACUUGGUUCAAAGCUACUGGCGUAUGCAGUUCUGGAUGUUGUUGAAGGAUCCGCCAUGGACGCCCUCCAAAGCAUGGAGAAUUAUCUCUCAACCCGACCAACCCGGUUCCCUUCGCUAACAUCAGGAAUUGAGUGGCAUACUCGUUCCCGAACAAUUCGAAAUCACACCUCAGCCCGAGUCUCCGUCCCAUCUCUCAUAUACGAAGAGACCGAGCCAACCGAUCCCUCCCGUCCAUGGGUAUGGCGCACAAACCUCUCCGCCACGAAGCCCUUCUGGGAGAACUGGUUCAUAGGAUUGAGUCGCAAGUUCCUCGACGCGCGGGGUGGCAAGCUGUUGCUGCUAGCAGGAACGGAUCGAUUAGAUAAAGAGUUGAUCAUUGGACAGAUGCAAGGAAAAUACCAGCUUCAAGUCUUCCCAGAAGCAGGCCAUUUCAUUCAAGAAGACCAACCGAGUAAGACGGCGCAGGUUUUGGCUGAUUUCUACAGGCGUAAUGAUCGAAGUGCGUUGGUGCUCCCGCCCAAGGUGGGCGAUUUGCAGGCUGCUGCUGCGAUGAAGAAAGGCGCUGGCGCCUUUGAGAAAGGACAUACCAAGUAG